AUGCCUCCCGCGACCGAAAUUGCCGCGCCUGCUGCGCAGCUUUCUCAGACCACGCCGGUCUUUAGCCCCUCUGAUGUGACUGUCGUCUUCGUGCUCGGCGGCCCCGGUGCUGGAAAGGGCACGCAAUGCGCCAGACUUGUUGCCGAGCAGGGCUUCACCCAUCUCUCCGCCGGCGACCUGUUGCGCGAAGAGCAGAACCGACCCGGCUCCCAGUUUGGCCAAUUGAUCAAGGACUACAUCAAGGACGGCCUUAUUGUCCCCAUGGAGGUGACCAUCAAGCUGCUCGAGAACGCCAUGACCGAGGCCCUCCGCCAGAAGGGCACCACCAAGGGCCGCUUCCUCAUCGACGGCUUCCCCCGCAAGAUGGACCAGGCGCACAAGUUUGAGGAGGCUGUCUGCCCCGCCAAGCUCGUCCUGUUCUUCGACUGCCCCGAGAAGGUGAUGGAGGAGCGCCUGCUGGAGCGGGGCAAGACGAGCGGUCGAACUGACGACAAUGCUGAGAGUAUCCGCAAGCGCUUCCGCACGUUUGUCGAGACGAGCAUGCCCGUUGUCAACUUCUACGAGGGCGAGGGCAAGGUCAUCAAGGUUGAUGCCACGCCUACUCCCGAGGACGUGUUUAAGACGACGAACAAGCUUCUUACGGAGAAGCUGGCUUUUCCUAGGGGGCCAUAA